AUGGGCAUCGAAGCCGCACUCUCCGCCGAGGGAUUCCUCACCACCCAGCUCAAGCGCGUGAUCAACUGGUCUCGCCGCAACUCCCUGUGGCCGAUGCCGUUCGCGACGGCGUGCUGCGGGAUCGAGCUGAUGGCCACGGCCUCCUCGCGGUACGACCUGGCCCGCUUCGGCGCAGAAGUCAUGCGGUUUUCCCCCCGCCAGAGCGACCUGCUCAUCGUCGCGGGGCGGAUCUCGAUCAAGACCAUGCCGGUCCUCCAGCGCAUCUACCAGCAGAUGCCCGAGCCCAAGUGGGUGAUCUCGAUGGGCGCCUGCGCCUCGACGGGCGGCGUCUUCGACACGUACGCCGUGGUGCAGGGGUGCGACCAGUACAUCCCGGUGGACGUCUACGUCCCGGGUUGCCCGCCGCGCCCGGAGCAGCUGAUCGAGGGCGUGAUGGCGAUCCAGCGGAUCAUCGACGAGGACGGCAUCCCGCCCAAGGGCCCGGACGGCAAGCGGAUCCCCCUCGGGAUCACGCUCGAGCCGAACUACACUUACACUGCACGGAUGCUCACGACGCUCGCCGACUCCAACCUCGCGAACUACGCGCCGAUCCUCCUGCUCAUCGGGAUGGCGGUCACGUUCGCCGUGGCGAACAUCGUGCUCACGCUCAUCCUCGGCCCGCAGCGGGACGGGGAUAUCAAGGCGGGGACGUACGAGUCCGGCAUGAAUCCGGUGGGCACGGCCCGCAAGCGGUUCAACGUGCGGUUCUACAUCAUCGCGAUGACGUUCCUGCUCUUCGACGUGGAGGUGAUCUUCCUCUACCCGUGGGCGAGCACGUUCAGCAACAUCAACCCGAACACGAGCGACGGGGACGUCUUCCUCCUCCGCGUGCUGUUCUUCAUGCUCACGACGGUGAUCGCGUACGUGUACGGGUACCGCAAGGGCGUGUUCCGGUUUUUCAUCUCCGAGCCGAUCGCCGUGUCCGAGUUCGACAUGGAGGCGAUGACCAUGGGCCUCGCCGGGACGCCGCUCGUGUUUUCGUGGCGGGGCGAGACGCGUCGGGUUGUCGAGCUGAUCGAGCGGCGGAAGUUCUCGCGGGGCGAUGCGCACAACCCGGCGAAGGAGAAGUACCUCAAGCGGGAAUACUUCCACGUCGUCCUCGACGACGGGUGGCACGCGGAGCUGUACUUCGAGCGCCAGCCGCGGAUGGGCUCGGGCGAAAAGGGGCGGAAGCAGCGGUGGUUCCUCUACACGCGGUGGCGCGAACGGCUCAUCGCGGGGGGAGCGGCGGCGGGGUGCCUCGCGCUGCUCGUUGUCGCGGCACGGAUGGACGCGUCCCCGGACGGGCACGGGACGCACGAGCAGCUCGGGCUGCCGGCGUGCGCCUGGCCCGGGCUCUUCGACGCGCCGUGCCCGACGUGCGGGAUGACCACCGCCUACGCCCACAGCGCGGACAUGCACCUCGGCGCCGCGUUCCUCACCCAACCCAUGGGGGCCAUCAUGGCGGUGGCGACCGCGGUCGUCUUCUGGUUCGCCCUGCACUCGGCGCUCACCGGGAGCCGGGCGUUCUCGGCCUCCGGUCGCGUGCUCUCCGGCAAGGGCACCGCGGUGGCGAUCGGGCUGCUGAUGGGGUCGUGGGUCUACAAGAUCGCCACGACGCGACGUCGCGCUGUGUCCGCGGGCUUCGGGCUCGCGGCGUUGCUCGCGGCCGGCGUGUCGAUGUCCGGGUGCCAGAUCUUCUCCCUGGUGGGCGUGAUGGCCCGGACGUACCAGGAGACGGGCAGCUCGACGAUCGCGGCGGAGUACGACGGGCUGCGGGACAACAGCUUCGCGGUGAUCGUCUCGGCGGACCGCUUCAUCAUGGGCUCGAACCCCCGUCUGCAGACGAACAUCUGCUACAAGUGCACGCAGGUGCUGGCGAACACGGAGACGACGGGCGCGAGCGGGUUCGUGCCGCCGGCGCUGGUGCUGGAGUUCCAGCUGACGACGCCGACGUGGAACAGCUGGACGUACGACCAGCUGCGCGAGGAGUUCGGGGUGGACCGGCUCAUCGUGGUGGACAUCUCCGAGUUCCGGCUGAACGAGCCGGGGAACCAGUACCUCUGGGACGGCAUCGCGGUGGCGCGCGUGGGCGUGGUGGAGAAGGGCUCGGCGCUGCCGGACGACUUCUCGUACAGCAAGAACAUCCGGGUGGCGUACCCGGACGGGCGGGGAUUCACGCCGAACGACAUGCCCGCGGCGCACGUGAACGGGAUGCUGGAGAAACGGCUCGUGGACCGGAUCACGUGGCUGUUCUUCGAGCACGAAGAGGCGAACGCGAUCGAGGACGCGGCGACGGAGCUGGACGGCGCGCGGACGACGGUGUUCUUCGUCGACGAUCGCGCCUCGCGCCUGCCGAAGCGGUCGCUCCGCGGCGUGAUCGGGCGGACGGCGGAGGAGACGCUGAUCGCGAAGAAGAUGAUCAAGGCGGACAAGGUGAUCCCGGCGCAGUCGGCGAUCCGGGUGGUGGAGUACGAAUCGAACGAGACGCCGAUGUCCGUCUCGGACAUCGGCCGCCGGAUCGGGGCGGAGAUCGUGGUGUACGUGACGAUCGACGCGUGGACGCUGACGCGCGACGGCUCGAGCGCGGCGCCCUCGGCGCGGGGGCGGGUGAAGAUCAUCGACACGGUCGCGAACGAGCGGAUUUUCCCCGACCAGGACGCCGGGUACCCGAUCAUCGUGCGCAUGCCGACGCAGACGGGCACGGUGCCGACGGACCGCUCGGCGCGGGCGGCGCUGGAGCAGCAGCUCGCCGUCUCGUUCGGCGUCGAGGUCGCCCGCGUCUUCUUCGAGCACGAGAUCGACCCGAUGAACCACCGCCGCCUGUGA